GUUUGUAAACAUUUCUAAACGAAUAAGACACAAAAGUUUAAUUAAAAAUGACGAGUAACGUACCACCAAUAAAAAGAUACAGAAGAGAAGAAGAUAAAGAUGAAGCAGAUGAAUCAGACGACAGCAAUUAUACACCGUAUGUUCCUGUAAAAGAACGAAAGAAACAGCAAUUAUUUAAAUUAGGUAGAUUAGUGCAAUUAUCAAAUGAAGCCGCAAAUAUUGGAAAGUCAUCGAGUGAAAAUGAACAUGAUUCAGACAUGAAUCAAGAGGAAAUGGGACGAAAGUAUAACAUAUCACUGUUUGAUCAACAUACAGAAUUAAAGAAAAUUGCAGAAAAUAAGAAAAUCAGUGAAGUUGAGAAGCAAUUAAAGGAAGAAGAAAAAAUUUUGGAAAGUGUUGCUGAAAAGAAGGCUCUUAUGGGUGUUGCUGAAUUGGCUAAAGGUAUUCAAUAUGAAGAACCAAUAAAGACAAGCUGGAAACCUCCAAGAUAUGUUUUAGAUAAGCCACCUUAUGUCCAUGACGCAAUUAGACACAAGUUGAAGAUCCUUGCUGAAGGAGAAAAUAUCCCACCACCAUUAAAGACAUUUAAGGAUAUGAAGUUCCCAAAGCCAAUACUUCUGGGACUUGAUCGGAGAGGAAUUAAAAAACCGACCCCAAUUCAAGUUCAAGGAAUUCCAACAAUUCUUUCUGGACGUGAUUUAAUCGGAAUUGCAUUCACUGGAUCUGGUAAAACUUUAGUUUUCGUUCUUCCAGCCAUCAUGUUCAGUUUAGAGCAAGAAGUUCGAUUGCCAUUCGUUGCAAAUGAAGGUCCUUAUGCAUUAAUUAUUUGUCCAUCACGUGAAUUAGCUAAACAGACGCACGACAUUGUUAGAUAUUAUUGUGGACAUUUGCAACAAUCUGGUUUACCUGAGAUUCGUUCUGCAUUAGCGAUUGGUGGUACGCCUAUAAAUGAAACAAUGGCAGUUAUUAACCAUGGAUGUCAUAUCUUGACAGCAACUCCCGGACGACUUAUGGACAUGCUCGACAAAAAAAUGAUUAAUCUCUCGAUUUGUAGAUAUUUGUGCAUGGAUGAAGCUGACAGAAUGAUUGAUAUGGGAUUUGAGGAAGACAUUCGUACUAUUUUCUCAUAUUUUAAGGGACAGCGUCAAACACUUCUCUUCUCAGCUACUAUGCCUAAAAAGAUUCAAAAUUUUGCAAAGUCUGCAUUAGUUAAGCCUAUCACAAUCAAUGUUGGACGUGCUGGUGCAGCAUCAAUGAAUGUAGCACAAGAUAUUGAGUAUGUUAAGCAGGAAGCAAAGAUGGUAGCUUUAUUAGAGUGUUUAAAGAAAACAGCACCACCAGUUUUAAUGUUUGCCGAGAAGAAACAGGAUGUUGAUCAGAUUCACGAAUAUUUAUUAAUGAAAGGUGUUGAAGCUGUGGCAAUUCACGGUGGAAAGGAUCAAGAAGAAAGAUCUAAAGGUGUAGAACAAUUCCGUAAUCAAGAAAAGGAUGUUUUGGUAGCAUCUGAUGUUGCUAGCAAAGGACUUGAUUUCCCUGAUGUACAGCAUGUAAUUAAUUAUGACAUGCCAGAUGACAUUGAGAAUUAUGUUCAUAGAAUUGGAAGAACAGGACGUUCAGGAACAAAAGGAUUAGCAACAACUUUCGUGAAUAAAGCAACAGAUCACUUUGUGUUAUUAGAUUUAAAAUACCUGUUAAUUGAAGCUAAACAGAAAGUUCCUCAGUUCCUUGCAGAAUUAUGUUCAGAGACUGAAAAGAAUCCAGAAUUAGCUGAUGGAUGUACAUAUUGUGGUGGUUUAGGUCACAGAAUCACUGACUGUCCUAAAUUGGAAGCAACUCGAAAGGAACAAGCUGCUAAUAUGCGAAAACCAGACUUCUUAUCCAAUGCUGAUUAUUAAUUUUACUGUUUUUAUAUAAUAAAG